AUGGCAGCCGGGGUCAUUCGAAACCUGACCGAUUUCAGAUUGGCCUUCCAGCACCCCUUCUACACCCUGACUGACCAGCAGGAGGACAUGGACUUCCAGGAGGGGUCUAGUGAGGAGGAGGAGGAAGAGGAGGAGGAGGAGAUGGAGGAGGAGGAGGAGGAGGAAGAGGAGGAGGAGGGUGCAGGAGGCGCUGCCGCUCCCCAGUACAGCUCCCACGGCACCACGGAGAUGACAAUCCAGCUGCUGCGCUUCGCAGACCUCAUCAACUGCGACAUCCAGAGGUACUUUGGCAAGAAGAGCAAGGAGGAGGACCCUGACGCCUGUGAGAUCUACGAGGACAGGCUCUCCACUGCGGGCCGGUCGGGGCGCGAGCGCUACUACGCAGACCUGAUGAGGGUGGCUCAGAGCAGGGGCCGUGAGGAGGAGGAGGAACUCCCCCAUGCCCUGAGAGCCAUCUGCAGCCGGGAUAGCAUCCAGCAGCUGGGGCCCCUGGCGGAACUCUUCAGCUUCGGGCUGCGGAGGUAUGUGAAGCCGGGGGCCACCGAACACGCGCGGAGGCAGAAGGGGGAGCGCAGACACGGCCAGGGGGUGCCCAUGUGCAAGCGCAGGCUGCCCCCCUCCUUCUGGGCAGAGCCGGCCCCGCACCCCCCCACCUGCCUGCUCAGCGCCACCAACACCCCUGACUUCAGCGACCUGCUGGCUAACUGGACUUGCGAGAGCAGCCAGGAGCUGCAGGGGGUGAGCAGCACAGACUCACCCAGGCAGCAGACGCUGGAGACGGCACACUAUCACAUAGCGUAGCCCAGCCUGGCCUGGAUUUAUAAUGUACUGGACAUUAUCAGAUUAUGUUUUAAACUGUUACCCAAGAAACCUACCCAGAUUGUCUACGUGAGAUUUAACUUGGUCCUACUGCUUGAGAAUUGUUCUGGUGCUUGUACCGCAAGGUGUGUGUGUGUGUUUUAAGUGCUGUAUGCAUGUGAGAAGUAUGCCUGGGAACAUGACCAUGACUACAUGUUGUUUAAAAAUAAAAUUGGGAUAUUACCAAACAGUUCUCGUCCCAUUCCAGUCAAGAUGAUGUAAAUGUUCCUGCAUUGCUGGUGAAUGAUCUAGAGUUACUUCAGAUGGAGGAUGGGGGGGUGCAGAGCUACAGUGCAGCACAGCGAGAAGGUGAAGACGCAGUCGAUCCUUCUGUUUCAUAGUGAGACAACGGCACACCAUUAGAGUGUGCAGCAGCAAACAGUCCCUGCAGAUCAACCUUUUAGCAGAGCUGGAAGAGGUGAUAAUGAUCGGGAUUAGGAGAGCAAACACACUGCAUUUACUCAGCAGGGGGUCUCAUCGCAGCCUGCUAUCAAUGCAGCUCUGCAGCUACAAGGCUUGGAGCUGAAGCUGAGGGGAAAGCUCCUUCCUGUUGCUGAUUCUUGCAGUCUCCUCUUUGCACUGGCAAAACCGACAAGAGAUGAAACAGGAUCACCUACUCUGAUAUGCAUGUACUUAAACACUGAAUAAAUAACCCCACACUGCACCCAUCCUGCUGUCUUAAUCUUGUUUAAAUCUGCCAAACCAGUUUGUCAAAAUCUCCAAAGGCUUUUUCUGCAAACAACAUGCAUGUUGCACAGACAGAACCUAGAAAAACAAGCGCCAAUUCUCUGAGCAGAAUUAAUCUAUUGUAAUAAUACAGCAGUAGACAAGCAGCUUGGUUUGAGGAAGGCGUUGUUCACGCACUUUCUUGCUAGAUUGAUUCCCGUUGGUGAAUUUCAUGUGUUUGUAUAGAAGCGGUUUAAUCAGCCCAUACACAAACAGCCUUAUCUGGACUGGCUCGUGCUUCAACCUCUGCUCAAAAAUUUAAA